AACACCGGAAGUGUCUGCCCAGAGUUUGUCGAAGUGCUAACGGCUACGCUAAUGCAUUACAGAGCGCAAUACGAUUCUCUGUCUGAAUGUGUCAUCUCCACUCCGGACACACAUUAACACACUAUCGCCAUGCUACCGCAGCAGUGAACCUUCUUCACGGCAAUAAAAAGAAACGACUGCAUAUCCUUCUGCUUAUCCAAGCGGUGAAACGAGGCAGUUGUUCUUUCAGGGGUGAAUGACCGACGUGGUGCCUACCACCGCCCUCAGUGAAAUAAAGCUCCGCCUACUCUGCCACGAUGACAUAGAGAGAAUAAAAGUGCUCUGUGGAGAGUGGUUUCCCAUUGAGUAUCCAGACUCAUGGUACCAUGACAUCACAUCAAAUAAGAAGUUCUUCUCUCUGGCUGCCACCUUUAAAGGUGGAAUUGUCGGGAUGAUUGUGGCAGAAAUAAAAAGCAGAACGAAAGUGCACAAAGAGGAUGGAGACAUCUUGGCCUCCAGCUUUCCUGUUGACACUCAAGUUGCGUACAUCCUGAGUUUAGGGGUCGUGAAGGAGUUUCGAAAACAUGGAAUAGGCUCUCUGUUACUAGACAGUCUAAAGGAGCACAUCUCCACCACGGCACAGGACCAUUGUAAAGCCAUCUACCUGCAUGUGCUCACCACCAAUAACACUGCCAUUCACUUCUAUGAGAACAGAGACUUUAAACAGCACCACUAUUUACCGUAUUAUUACUCUAUACGAGGAGUACUGAAGGAUGGCUUCACCUACGUCCUCUACAUCAAUGGCGGACAUCCUCCAUGGACUAUCUUUGAUUAUAUUCAUCAUAUAGGUUCGGCACUGGCCAGUCUGAGCCCCUGCUCAAUUCCUCAGAGAAUUUACCGGCAAGCACAGAAUCUGCUGCGCAGUUUUCUGCCGUGGUCGGGCAUCUCUUCCAAGAGCGGCAUUGAGUACAGCAGAACAAUGUGAGGAUCGUCAGGUCACAACAGUGCAGGGUGGAAGCGAUUGAUUUGUUUGGAUCACAUCAGAUGCCGAAGAGGGUUGUGAAGACUGAUAUCAGAUCUCUCUGGUCUCGAGCAGUGUAUUAUACUUGUAUAUUUUACAUGUAUAUACUGUACCAAUAUAUACUUUAAUUAAUAUAUGCCUAGUCAUUGGUAGAUUGCCCUCUUAAUAUAUACUCUCCACUUCAUGCCUGUAAUUCUGCUGCUGUGUAGAAAUAUUCUAUUGUUUAUCCAGAUUUUUAAUAUAAAUAGAUUUUUUAUUUUUAUUUGUGCCUGUUCUGUAUAGAUGAUUUUAGGGUUUGAUGGAAGAAGUAUGCAUACUUUUUUCAUUUAGUCACUUUCAUGCAUGUGUCAAGCACUAGUGUUUGGUUUUGUGCAGGAACACUUUGACACUAAGCAUAUAUUUUAGCCCCCAGUUUUAAGAUUUUAAUAACAUUUGCACAGAGGCAGUGAAUGUAGUGUUGCUAUGAAGGGAAAAUAACACAGUUGCAGACAACCCUCCAUCUCGCCAAAUGUGUAUUAUGUGUUGCUGUCAAAUUUAAAUGUGAAAACUCUUUCAAUUCAGAUCAUCUUAAUUUAGCUAUAGAGUUGCAUCCUGCCAUUCUGUGCAAUGCACUUUCUGUUCUAUUAAAGGGGAAAUAAAUGAAUGUUGUGGGGGGAGAAAUGCUUGAAUUUCGGUAUGUUGCUGUGAAUCAGGGAUUUACACACAAAAUAAACAUAUUUAAAAAUAGAUCACUCCUGCAUUAUGUGACUUACAAUAUGUUUGGCCAUCCAUUCAUGAUGUCUUUGAUGAAACACACUGGUUUAUCGGCGAAGGGUGUUGUUUACAGAGAAACAUUUCUGUGGGAUUACAUAAGGAACCUUACAGAAACUGUUCUAUCAUAUGUAAUUGGUCUU